AUGUCGCUCACUUCGAUCCCUUCAGAUGCCGUCAAGUGCGCAGAAUACAUCUUUUCAAGGCUCUAUAGCAUCGGCAUAUGUUCUGUUUUUGGUGUUCCCGGAGACUACAACCUACGUCUUCUGGACUUUGUUGAGCCGGCAGGGCUUCACUGGGUGGGGAAUUGCAACGAGCUUAAUGCCGCCUACGCUGCUGAUGGAUACUCCAGAAUAAAUGGAAUCAGCGCUCUCAUCACCACGUUUGGCGUGGGGGAGCUCUCAGCUGCCAAUGGCAUAGCUGGUGCCUAUGCUGAGAAGGCGCCUAUUGUCCAUAUCGUGGGUACACCGGCCCGAAGCCUUCAGGACCGACGAGUGUUCAUGCACCAUACACUUGCCACGGGCGAUUAUCGCCAAUUUGCUGCUGUUCAUCAACAAAUCACGGCCGCUCAGGUCAACUUGGUGGACCCUCAGACAGCCCCGGAUCAAAUCGACUGGGUUCUACAAGAAGCUCUGUUCCACCAGCGACCGGUGUACAUUGAGGUUCCCGAUGGCGUGGCGGAUGCCUUGGUGUCAACUGAUAAUCUGAAGAAGAAGCCGGUGCUAUCUAUCCCUCGUGUGCCUGAGGCCCAACAUGAGGCUACUAUUGUCGAGAGAGUCCUCGGCCGACUCAAUUCAGCGAAACGGCCUGCUAUCCUUCUUGAUGGGGAAACUAGGGGGUUGCAAAUACUUGAUCUAGUAGAAGACUUGUCUAAGCGAACAAUGUGGCCUACUUAUGCGACAAUCUUCGGAAAGGGUCUCAUCGACAAGUCCAUGCCCAACGUUUAUGGUAUCUUUCAGGGGAAAUACGCCCCCGAAAGCUGGAACGAGUACUUCCAAACAGUCGAUCUUAUCCUCCAUUUUUGGGCCUCAUCUCAGUGA